AUGAAUGUGCUGUUCUGGAUUACAAGGCCUGGAAAGAAAUAUAAGCCGUACGUCGCUAACCGCGUGGGAGAAAUCCAAACAAAGACCACAGCAGAUCAGUGGCGUCACGUUCCAACAAAGAAGAACCCCGCGGAUAAAGCCAGCAGAAGAGCCAUGGGUGCCCAGUCCUGGACAGAUGAGCUGACCACAGAAGAGUUCAAAGAAGCAGAAGACUGUCUAGUCCGUCAAGCUCAAAAAGAAGAUUUUCAAGAGGAGAUAAAUUCAAUGUCAUCAGGGAUUAAAACAGUCAAGAAAUCCAGUCCACUUGCUUCACUCAGUCCCUUCUUUGAUGAGACAAGACAACUCCUACGCCUGAGAUCACGCCUGGAGAAAGUAGAAUAUUUGAACGAUGAUGAAAAAUACCCAGUAUUUCUACCCAGAAAAGGAGACGUGACAAGAUUAGUGGUUCAGAGAGCACACGAUAAAAUCGGCCACCCAGUAGAAAGAGAAGCAACAAUCCACAAGAUCAGGCAAAACUACUGGAUCCUGAGAAAUAGAGAGGCAGUAAAUGAUGGGGGAAGAAAAUGUUCGACAUGCAUUUUAAAGAAAGCCAAACCUCAGAAUCAACAGAUGGCGCCUAUUCCCAAGUUUAGACUCCAACCACCCCUGAGAGCAUUUUCGAAGUGCGGAAUAGAUUUUGCCGGAUCAUACUACACGAAACAAGGCCGAGGAAAGACACAAACGAAAAGAUACCUCGCAGUAUUUACUUGCCUUCAAACCGGAGCGAUUCAUCUCGAACCAGUCUACUCAAUGGACACAGAUGGGUUUUUGAUGGCAUUCUCCCGGAUGACAAGUAGGAGAUCAGUACCAGAAGAUGUCCUAACAGACAAUGGUUCCAACUUCAUAGCCGGUGAGAGGAAACUUCGAGAGUUUGCUGUGGAUUGGAACAAGGUGCAGACGACGAUUGCUUACCAGAACAAGGGGUUAAAAUGGCACUUUAACCCACCGGCUACUCCACAUUAUGGAGGCGUUUUCGAAAUCAUGGUGAAAGCGGCCAAAAGAGCUCUGAAGACUAUCAUCAGCCGGGCAGACAUCAAUGAUGAAGAAUUUCAUACGUUCGUUGUUGAAGCAGAAGGUCAAAUUAACUCAAGGCCUCUGACGCCACCUAGCAGCGAUCCAAACGAUGAUCUACCACUUACUCCCAACCACUUCCUUCACGGUCAGUUGGGAGGUCAGCUGGCCCCGUCUGCAGUUGAUGAACAGCAGAGAAUCAAUCCGAGACGGCGAUGGCAGAGAGUCCAAGAGCUGCUCCGGCAUUUCUGGGCUCGUUGGAAGAACGAACUUUUACCGCUACUUCACAAUCGUAAAAAGUGGCUGUAUGAGACGAAAAAUCUACAGAACGACUCUCUUUGCAUCCUGGUAGACGAAAAAUUGCCUCACGGACAAUGGAGACUUGCCAAAGUUGUCGAAACCUACCCAGGAAGUGACGGAUUGAUGUCAAGCCAAAAAGCAUUCGAUCAAAAGAUGCCGCCCCAUGCUCACGUACAGUCGCUCAUCAAUCAGAUUCAGAAGCUGCGUAAAAGAAUUGUCGCACAUCCAAGUUCGCUGUGUCACCGCAAAAAAAUGAAACUUGAUCCCACCAUCGCGACUCCAUCCACUUCCGCUGCAAGCAUUUGGAACUCAGAUCUUGACGAUACCAUCUUGAACAAAUCACUUGUGCUCGCUCUUAGCCAGUCACCACAGAAGAGUGACACGUACUUCCCACUCGCCCCAGGAGCUGACACUACUUCUUCAAAACCUGUCGGAAAAUGUGACAAGACCACAACACCAGCAGCCGAAAACAAGCUUUCUGUCGAAAACAAGUCUACAACACCAGCGGCCCAAAACAAGCCACCUGUCGAAAACAAGUCCACAACACCAGCAGUCGAAAACAACCUACCAACACCAGCGCAAGCAGCAGCACCAAUCCAGUCCAAAUUGGAAGAGGCCAUGCAAUUGGUCAGCGAAGACGACCCACAGGCAUAA